GAGCACGAUCGAGACAUUCGACUCGCCCGUACCGAGACCUCCGCCGUUUGAGAGCAUGCCCACAACACCGGACACAAGCCACUCUGGAACGAAGCAAAGUUUAUUGAUUGUGACCCAUAUUACUACACGCGCAGGGUCAAAGAGGCAAUUCAUAUAAGACUUAACCCUAACAACAUAGUGGAUAGUGGAAUAGAAAUUUUAGAAGCGAAGAAACCCACGAUAAAAAAAAACACAACAACAGGAGAGCCGUGCGACAGCGGACCGCCGAGGGAGCAAAUCAUUGAGUGAACAGCAAGGAUCGAAAUACACCAAUCAGAGUUGUUGAAUGAAAGGUAAUUUAGUGUUAACAACUGGGUUGAAAACGUAAAUUAGCCACCGUAAAGGGUAAAAAAGCUGACGUUUCGAGCGUUAGCCCUUCGUCAGAGCGAUUGACGAAGGGCUAACGCUCGAAACGUCAGCUUUUUCACCCUUUACGGUUGCUAAUUUAAGUCUUCAACCCAGUUGUUAACACUAAAUUACCUGCUAUACUCUCCCACCGACGCAGCACCACAGUUUCUUUAGAAACUUAUACCUUUAUUCUGUUGAAUAACAACUAAUCACAGUAGAGCAUCAUGCUUUAUGAGAUGACGCAUGACCAGUCGACCUCAUCGCCUAAAGAAGACUAGCAGUAUGCAGUCGAAACGUGGCGAUCUACAUCACUCGUGACUACAUCGUGAGACAAACGACAAAGUUAUCUUUUAUUUUUAUUACCUUAAGUCAGUUUCUCGGUUGUUAAUAAUAUCCCUUGAUUUAAACACAGGCAAAUCUAAAAGAAUUCCGAAGGGCGGUUAUUUUUGCUCUUUGCCGAAUUUAGUUGCAUUAACUCUGAUAACGAUACUCUACAGGCCAUAUUAAAUUAGAUUAAAUUAGAUUAUAUAUAUAUAUAUAUAUAUGUGUAUAUAUAUAUAUAUAUAUAUAUAUAUAUAUAUAUAUAUAUAUAUAUAUAUAUAUAUAUAUAUAUAUAUAUAUAUAUAUAUAUAUAUAUAUAUAUAUAUAUAUAUAUAUUAUAUACAUUUAUAUACAUCAUGUUUCUGUAGUGUAGUGGUUGUCACGUCCGCCUUACGCGCGGAAGGUCGCAGGUUCGAGCCCUGCCAGAAACAUACUCUUAGAGAAACUUUAAAGCAAGAGAAUAAAUGCUUUAGUUUUACCUCGACAAAAAAUGUAACACAUUUCAGAUGUUUGUUCUUCCCUCCUGUUUAUUCAUUAUGGAAAUCUUCACUUUCCACAAAUUUGCCUCCAUGAAUAUGGUGAGGAAGUAGUCAUACUAUUGUUCAGGUCAGGUUGUAGAAAUAGAAAAAUGAAAUGAUGGAACAGGAAGCGUUAACAUAUAUAUGAUACGACCAUACUCCAUCAUGGUUUGGUGGCUUUUGAUAACAAUGGCUAAUUCUUUUUUUUUUAAAGAAAUUAAACUCUUAAAAGGAACUCACAAAGACUCUUUAAGGCUCUUAAAGAAACUCUUAAAAAAGUCGGUAAAGCAAGCUUAAAACGGCAGAGAAAGCCGGAAACCACAACGGACACAAAAGAUGUGAGUAAAUUCUAUUGAUUUAACGUUUAAAAUGUUCAUAUUUCGAAAUAUUUAUCGUUGUAAAUCGACCAUAUUUCGUUCCCUAUGCUACUCCUUAUAGCAUGUUGAAAUUAUCAACGGUUUCUCCGUAAGUUAACACCGAGUCACAACAUGUAACACUUACAUGAAUCAGUCGUUUGCUUUUUAUCGAGAUGUGAGCUUGAAACGCCUUUGUUCAUGUGAAUCUGCACUCGAACUAUUGCAAGAGGCCUUGCAUCUCUCUGCUGUUUUUCUUUCCAUAUAUUAACGAGAAAGUUAGAAAUUAACCGGGCGUAAUCUUGAUUGGUCGAUGUGCUCUCGUGGAGAGUCCUAGUUCGCGGUAAAUUCAAACUAAAAAUGGACUUGUCUGUGAAAAUGCCAUGACAAAAAUAUAGAGCAGUUGAAGGCUCCAAGUAAUGGGCUCCUGACUCCUCUUAUGCCUGAGGAUACGCCCCCAAGUUAAACAAGUGCUCAAUCAGACUUGAAAGAUGAUCAGAAAUGCAACUGAUCGAAAGUCCAGGAACACCAGUCCAUCCAUGACAUUCAUCCAUCCUAACGUUGUGGGAAAAGGGCAACAAGUUAAAUGUAGCGUAGGGGUCCAGGUUUUACGCCAACUGUUGUUUUAACAUCAAACAUGUCGAAAUUAAGUCUAUGCAUUUCAGGGGCUAGAGAAAUCGUGUGCCAUGUGAGGGCGAAUGGUAUCAGGGUGGUUUCUGUAGUGUAAUGGUUAUCACAUCGCGGAAGGUCGCAGGUUCGAGCCCUGCCAGAAACAUAGUGAAUACUUUUUUUCUUUCUUUUAUAAAGGCUUAUUAUGUCGCAACAUAGGAUAUCUCUCAGCAGAUUAACAAAUAUAAUCUAUGUUAUCGUAUAUUUUGUUUUUAGCUUUAGUUAUCUUAAAAAGGUUCUACGCUUUUGAAACAUCGAGACUUAGUGGCUUGCGUAGUUGCUUAUAUUUCUUUUGGACAACAUGGUUGUGACAUCGCAAAUCACACGACAAUAAGGGUACGUUGUCCAUGCACAGAAGUUUGACCGCUGUGUGCUUUGUUCUACUCUGGUUUGAGUGCAAGCAUAAUUGUGAGCCAAAAUCUGUUAAGUCACCGGUCAGCGGACAGACUACUAAGCAAUAAUCAAAAUGGCCACAUCUUUUGUUAUACUCAUUAUAAGUGUAAGCAUUACUCAUCUUUAAGCGAACUUCGAAUAACAAUACACUCUUAGGUGUGAAUUGCCUCCUACAUAAAGAGGGCAAAACACAGACCUACUACCGAAGCUAACGACAACGCAACUCAUACGACCACAGCCACUGUACCAUACAUAAAGGGCAUAUCUGAGAACAUCUCAUGCAUCCUACAACCAUUCAAUAUCCGCGUCGCUCACAAACCUAUUACCACACUACGUCAGUUACUGACUAACAUUAAAGACAGAGACGAACCGAGGAACAGACAAGGAGCAGUAUAUAAGAUCAAUUGCUCCAACUGCCACGCCUCCUACAUUGGUGAGACUGGCAGAAACCUUACAACUAGACUGACUGAACACAAACGAGCGACGAGGAAAGGCGAUGUCAACAAUCACAUUGCUGAACAUCACCGACUUACGAACCACACUAUUGACUGGGACUCUGCGCAAUGCCUAACCAACAGCAGCAACUACUUUCAACGACUGACCCUGGAAAGCUGGUUUACUAACUUGGAACAGACUCCCCUCAACAGGUGUCAACCACUACCGGCACCAUACAAACGACUCAUCCACCACAUUAACAUUACAAACGAACCGAACAGAACGACCUAACUUCACUAACGGAUCCAAACCGACCAAUCACGACUGACCUACGCCACUUGAGUCUUACAGCCGAUAACAUCAAGGCAAAACUGACCAAUCAGUGUACACAAACUGGACUAAGUACAUUUGACUGACGACAACCUUUCACUUGACUCUGACGAUGACUUCCGCUCAGGUUGCCGAAACGUCAGUCACCACUACCGACAACAGUCCUUCUCAGGACUACACUCACCCGGACGAUCAAACUACACUAUUACAUGAAGAUUUUAGAUAUAUGAAAAUUCAUAUAUUUGCACUGCGGUGGAGAGAUGAAAUUAAGAGAUCCUCGCAGCUAAGAACACUACUGAAACGAGUAGUUGUAAAUAGGACCUGAAAAAUUGGUAGAGCGCUGCACCGGUAUCGCGGAGGUCAUGGGUUCAAAUCCCGUACGGGCCUGAAUUUUUUUCAGGUCCUAUUUACAACUACUCGUUUCAGAAGUGUUCUUAGCUGCGAAGAUCUCUUAAUUUCAUACACUAUUACAUGUUACCCCCGGGUUCAAACCAUUUACUGUAUAAUGAAGGAAUUAUCCGAUUCCAGAAAACAAAGUUGGACUGAGACAGAAUUAAGGAAAUCAGAGCGCAGCCUAAAAUAAAAUAUAAAUUAAUUUAGUUCCUACAGAGGGCACCCUCUUUAGUCAGGUAAGCCUUGGCAACAGAAAGGACUAAGCACGUAUCAAAUCUUAAUAAAACCACUUAUUAACAAAAGCGACAUCCUCGGUAGUAUAGUGGUGAGUAUCCCCGCCUGUCACGCGGGAGACCGGGGUUCGAUACCCCGCUGUGGAGACGCAUAUCCUUUUUGUUUAACCGUAUUUUCCGAAUACAAACUUUUCCCUACAGGUUCAUUCCGAAAUCAACUUGUUUUUUCAUGAACAUAAGAAAGCGAUAUCAACAAACAGUGAGCUACAGUAGAGGAAUUACAAAAGAUUACGCAGUGCUGUCAACACGAGAAUCUCUUUCGCGCCAUGUUAACGUCACCGAAUUGAUAUCUAUGAUAGGAGAUCAUUAAAUCUGGCUCCUACUGGGCUUUUUCGAAUUGAGUUAUGGUUAAAUCUGAUAACGAUACUGAACAGGCCAUAUUGAAAUAGCUUCGAAAACUUAAAUGGAAUAUGUGCGUUUGGCUGCCAAAGGAAAGAGGUUGCACGUCAGCCUGAUACAUGGAAGGUUGCAGGCUCGAGCCAUGCCAGAAACAAUUUUUUCCCGAAAAAGAAUUUUUUUUAAAGCAAUAGAGUCUUAAUAUAUGCUUCAAUUCAUAAAAAAAAUGUAGCCAAGAGAGGUUAUCCUCUCUUGAUGUACUUACUUCAGAUCAUAAGCGGACGGGUGUAGCAUUUCACUAUGGUAUCACUAGCGAUCCUCUGAGGAUAAACUUUAUUUCCCCCUUGCAGCAAUAAAGAUUGGAGUAAAUUUGAUCCAGGUUCUGCUAUCGAUCGGAUCCUUUUUGAGCUGGUAGAGAGAGAGUUUAAAGCUGUUUAUGUAAUAAAAAAAUUGUUCUUCGUCCUAUUAUGUUUCCCUCAGUGAAAGAUGUUUUUCUUUUGUCUUGUCAUAAGCUUAGGAAAUCGGAAAAGUUCUGAGUCCUAAUGAGAAGCUAAACCUUAGAUCUUCGGAUUCCGCCCUCCGAUUUUCUACCCCAGAGCCACAAAAACACAACGCUGCCCUGGGUCAUCGCUAGGUCCACAUGUGACAUAUGUCCAGCGUACUGCUAAGAUUAACAAUGUCAAAAGGGUCCUGCGUGUAAAUAGAAUAAGAAAGAUAAUAAAUACUAAGUUUGGUAGUGAGAGGGGGAAAGAUGUUUUUUUUUGUUGUGGUCAUGAGCUUUUGGACAAAGGAAAAGUUCUGAGUACCCUUGAGGAAUUAUGUUUCCCUUGUUUAAGCUCGGCUAUUUGCCACCAGUUUUCUGUUGACUUGUGUUUGAGAAGAUUCAGGCUGUUGUUGUUUUUUAUAACUCCAUGUUGAACUGACGCAGUGAGCUUUAUUUCGGUCUUUAUUAUUUUCAAACCACUCUUGCUAUCAGUGUUUUUUGACACAGGAAAUGGGACAAUUGAUGAAAGUAUAUUGGAUAAAAUUAUGAAAGAAAAGAAGAGCAAAAGGCACCGAUGGGAUUUGAACCCAUGACCUCCUGUUUACUAAACAGGCGCUCUAACCACCUGAGCUACGGCGCCUCGCUUGGAGAUGGAGCAGGCCAAACGGUUAAGAAGUUUUUUGUGCGUUUGACAAAAAAAACCGAGGAAUGCGAGGCUGAUAUAGCAAGGCAAUGAUAUAAAAAUGUCUUAAUUCUGUUAGGACAUGCUUGCUAAAGCUGCCUUCAAAACGUGAGUGGCAACUGGUGCUUGUCGUUGUUGGAUGAUAGAGAGCUUCAAACAGUUCUUAAACCCAAAUCAUAGUCCAGGGAUCAUUACUUUAUGGCAACGGCAGCGAAAAAAUUGAGGAAUGUAGUUUACAACCGUCUGUAAACUUCAGGGUAUCAUACACCUAAACAAAUGCCUGACUUAGUGUACAAAAUACGAAACUGUGGAAAUGUUCUGACCCCCUAUUAAUACUAACAACCUAUCCCAUAGUGAUCUACACGAAAGCCGCGGUGGAACUGGGAUUAGAUGAAACUUUUAUGAUGAACGACUUCCCUUCUCUUGCUAUCGAUUUUAUUCCAGGAAUUGAUAAAUAUAGAAUUGAUACAUUUAUCUUUUUUUUUAAGACUCUAAACAUUUAAGAUUUAGCAAUAGUAUAAACACAAUAUACCCAAUAUUAUAUGAAGGAAUUCCCUUCUCUUGCUAUCGAUUGAUACCGAAAAUUGAUAAGUAUAAAAUUGAUAGAUUCGUCAUUUUUCUAAAGACUCUAAACAUCUAAGAUUUAGCAAACACAAUCUACUCCUCAACGGCAAUACAUAUUCAGUUGUCUCCGUGGCGCAAUCGGUUAGCGCGUUCGGGACGGUAUUUUACACCUGCACUUCACAUCCUUUUGUUUCCUUGUUGCAUGUUUUAUAUGGUUCAUUUCUCGGUAAAAAAUACUGUUACAGAGUUACUGGCUGUGGUGCUAACAUGCUCACGUGUUCGAAAUCAAGUGCAGUCACGCCUUUACCAUUAAGCUGAAAAAGACAAAAGUAGACUGGAAUACCCCAGUUUGCAUAAUUUGAAGGGUGGGCUUCAUUUCCUGUCUGUCGUAAUGAUCAUUACCUUUCCUUCAGUACAGUGUGGGAUGUACGCACCCUAACUAUCACUUGGAGAAGCUUGUUUCAUUGGUGAGAUUGAUCGUGGAGCAGUGGUGACUUAUUUGCGGGUUUCUGCCUGACGUUGAGGUUGGCUCGCACAGCUCCUCUUUCAAAUGCAAUUACCUUACCAGGGGCUAGGUAAACUUUGAGAAGCCGUUCGCUGUGGUAAUGCUUCGUGACAAUCUCAGAUGGCCGACCUUAGAUCUUAGAAUUUGGUCAUGUUUUUAGAGUUCUGGUACUUUCUUUAGAGCCUUCUGUGCGAGGCUCUCUUCGAGCUCUGACUCCUCUGAAGGAUAAGGCUCUCACAAGUCUUGAGUGACAGUUAAUGCAUUCCACUGAUCGUCUUUGGAUUUGUUGAUUCUUUCGUCCGAUAAAGAACUUGUUUUGCAGUCUUAAUGUACACUCCUUGUAAACCGGCUAAGGUUGUCAUUUAGACUUGAACAAUGUUCCGAAGUGCGACCAUGAUCAAAACACCAGUAACACUAGUCUAUUCAUGACGCAGGUGUUAAUCCACCGUGAUAAUAAUAAUAAUGAUAAUAAUAAUAAUAAUUAUAAUAAUAAUAAUAAGCAAUGAGUAAAAUACCCUUCCUAAAACCACAUCUCCGGCCUGUUGGUCUAGUGGUAUGAUUCUCGCUUUGGGUGCGAGAGGUCCCGGGUUCGACUCCCGGACAGGCCCGAUAGUCCCUCCUUUUGGAGAACUUUCCCGAAAUUAUCAGACCGGCAAGUCAAACUUCCCUUGGAUAACUUUAUGACGACGGCAAUACCGUAAAAGAUAGAUCUCAUUUUGUUUUCCGUUUCUGGUUCCUCACAAGCCCUUAACGUACCAUUGAAUUUUGUUUUUUCAAGGAGAGCUCUCAUUACUUCCGCUUUUUUUCUGUUAAGAGUUCCGAACUUGGAACAUUACCUUAAUUCAUUUCGUAGAAAAGGUUGUGGCUAUUCAUCGUGGUGAGUAACAAUAAAAGAUAAGUUUUUCGUUUGUCUCACGAUGUAGUCACGUGUGAUGUAGAUCGCGACAUUUCGACUGCAUACUGCUAGUCUUCUUCAGGCAAAACCAAACAACAGUGCCAAACCCGCCAACGAGUUCAAAGCUACUGCGGUUUUACCUUAUGUCAAAGAUCUGUCCGAACAGCCUCGCCGUUGCCUAAGACAACAAGUCGUACGCGCUGUUUUCAAGUUGGAGACUACCCUAGGAUCUCAGUUGGUACGACCAAAAGACGCUGGCCACCCGGCUAAACAAGAUGGCGUAGUUUACAGGAUUCCCUGUGAAUUCGGCAAGGUGUACAUCGGAAAGACUGGAAGACCAAUGCAGACAGAAUUUAGGAGCACGAUCGAGACAUUCGACUCGCCCGUACCGAGACCUCCACCGUUUGAGAGCAUGCCCACAACACCGGACACAAGCCACUCUGGAACGAAGUAAAGUUUAUUGAUCGUGACCCAUAUUACUACACGCGCAAGGUCAAAGAGGCAAUUCAUAUUAGACUUCACCCUAACAACAUAGUGGAUAGUGGAAUAGAAAUUUCAGAAGCGUGGAAACCCACGAUAAAAAAAAAAAACCACAACAACAGGAGAGCCGUGCGACAGCGGACCGCCGAGGGAGCAAAUCACUGAGUGAACAGCAAAGAUCGAAAUGCACCAAUCAGAGCUGUUGAAUAACAACUAAUCACAGUAGAGCAUCAUGCUUUAUGAGAUGACGCAUGACCAUUCGACCUCAUCGCCCAAAGAAGACUAGCAAUAUGCAGUCGAAACGUAGCGAUCUACAUCACACGUGACUACAUCGUGAGACAAACGACAAAGUUAUCUUUUAUUUUUAUUACCUUAAGUCAGUUUCUCGGUUGUUAAUAAUAUCCCUUGAUUUAAACGCAGGCAAAUCUAAAAGAAUUUCGAAGGGUGGUUAUUUUUGCUUUUUUCCGAAUUUAGUUGCAUUAACUCUGAUAACGAUACUCUACAGGCCAUAUUAAAUUAGACUCAAGUGUUUAACAUAUCAUAUGUAACAGGUUUCUGUAAUGUAGUGGUUAUCACGUCCGCCUCACACGCGGAAGGGCCCCGCAGGUUCGAGCCCUGCCAGAAACAUACUUUUAGAAAAACUUUAAAGUAAGAGAAUAAAUGCUUUAGUUUUACCUCGACAAAAAAAAGUAACACAUUUCAGAUGUUUGUUCUUCCCUCCUGUUUAUUCAUUAUGGAAAUCUUCACUUUCCACAAAUUUGCCUCCAUAAAUAUGGUGAGGCAGUAGUCAUACUACUGUUCAGGUUAGGUUGUAGAGACAGAAAAAUGAAAUGAUGGAACAAGAAGCGUUAACAUAUAUAUGAUACGACCAUACUCCAUCAUGGUUUGGUGGCUUUUGAGAACAAUGGCUAAUUCUUUUUUUUAAAGAAAUUAAACUUUCAAAAGAAACUCACAAAGACUCUUUAAGGCUCUUAAAGAAACUCUUAAAAAAGUCGGUAAAGCAAGCUUAAAACGGCAGAGAACGCCGGAAACCAUAACGGAUACAAAAGAUGUGAGUAAAUUCUAUUGAUUUAACGUGUAAAAUGUUCAUAUUUCAAAAUAUUUAUCAUUGUAAAUCGACCAUAUUUCGUUCCCCAUGCUACUCCUUAUAGCAUGUUCAAAUUAUCAACGGUUUCUCCGUAAGUUAACACCGAGUCACACAACAUGUAACGCUUACAUGAAUCAGUCGUUUGCUUUUUAUCGAGAUGUGAGCUUGAAACGCCUUUGUUCAUGUGAAUCUGCACUCGAACUAUCGCAAGAAGCCUUGCAUCUCUCUGCUAUUUUUCUUUCGAUAUAUUAACGAGAAAGUUAGAAAUUAACCAGGUGCUAAUCUUGAUUGGUCGAUGUGCUCUCGUGGGGAGUCCUAGUUCGCGGUAAAUUCAAACUAAAAAUAGACUUGUCUGUGAAAAUGCCAUGACAAAAAUAUAGAGCAGUUGAAGGCUCCAAGUAAUGGGCUCCUGACUCCUCUUAUGCCUGAGGAUACGCCCCCAAGUUAAACAAGUGCUUAAUUAAACUUGAAAAAUGAUCCGAAAUGCGACGCUGAUCGAAUGUCCAGGAACGCCAGUCCAUCCAUGACAAAGUUAUGGCACACAGGUAUCAAUCCACCCGUUUUUAGUAGAUCAAUAAUAAAAAUAUCGUUUCUUCACUGACCGGCCUGUUGGUCUAGUGGCAUGAUUCUCGCUAGGGUGCGAGAGGUCCCGGGUUCGACUCCCGGACAGGCCCGGUUGUGGGCUCUUUUGGUCAAAACCAUUUGGAAGUGAAACUGUAUGGAAGUUGUAUUACCAUACAUGUGUAAUUCAUAUGUAUUCGUUUCCUUGUUCAUCAAAAGCCCUAAACCUCGCGUUUUUUCUUUUUUCAAUGAAAGUUUUCGUGUAUUUUAGUUAUGAAAAUAUUUCCUAUCGAAGACUCGCCUUAUGCUUCUGAAAGACAGGAAAUGGCUGAACACGGGAGGUGAAAUGUCUUUUGUAAAUAAAAAUCAAUUUCCAUGCAUCUUACUUUAUUUUUCGGUGAGCUCAAGGAUCAGUUAUUGUCUAUUGGGAGGGGGGGGGGGGGGGGAAAGGGGCAGAGAAUAUUUGAGGAUCAUAUGGUUUUUAGGGAGGGCGGAGGGGGGAUCAGAAAGGCUGUAUUCCGGGUUGUGGUUUCUGGUGAAAUGUAUAUCUCCGCACCUCGUUUCGUUUAUGUGUUUCAGGAAUGACCCCAAUGAGCAGAUUUUACUAUCCUAACGUUGUGGGAAAAGGACAACAAGUUAAAAUGCAGCGGCGGGGUCCAGUUUUUACGCCAACUGUUGUUUUAACAUCAAACAUGUCGAUGCAUUUCAGGGGCUAGAGACCAUCUGUACUCUGUGAGGCCAAGUCUUAGCAGGGUAGUUUCUGUAGUGUAGUGGUUAUCACAUCCGCCUAACACGUGGAAGGUCGCAGGUUCGAGCCCUGCCAGAAACAGAAAGUCACCUUUUGUCCUUCUUUUAUAAAGGCUUAUUAUGUCGCAACGCGUGGCUCAUUUUUUCUUACGCUUUGUUUUAACGUAGGAUAUCUCUUAGCAGAUUUACCAAUAUAUAUAAUCUAUGUUAUCGUAUAUUUUGUUUUUAGCUUUAGUUAUCUUAAAAAUUUCUACGUUUUUGAAACAUCGAGACUUAGUGGCUUGCGUGGUUGCUUAUAUUUCCUGUUGGACAACAUGGUUGUGACAGCCCAAAAGCACACGACAAGGGUACGUUGUCCAUGCACAUAUGUUUGACUGCUGUGUGCUCUGUUCUACUCUGGUUUGAGUGCAAGCAUAAUUAUGAGCCAGAAUCUGUUACGUCACCGGCCAGCGGACAGACUACUAAGUAAUAAUCAAAAUGGCCACGUCUUUUGUUAUACUCAUUAUAAGUGUAAGCAUUACUCAUCUUUAAGCGAACUUCGAAUAACAAUACAAUCUUAGGCGUGAAUUGCCUCCUACAUAAUGAGGACAAAACUUAAGAGAUAAAGCUGUGAUCUGCUGCGUGUUUGGUGUAUGUAAUAAUGAGGGAAUUAUCCGAUUCCAGACAACAAACUUGGACUGAGACAGAAUUAAGGAAAUCAGUGCGUUCGCUAUAAAAACACUUAAAAUGAUUUGAUUCCUACAGAGGGCACCCUCUUUAGUCAGGUUAGUCUUGGCAACAGAAAGGACUAAAAACGUAUCAAAUAUUAAUAAAUCCACUUAUGAAAAGAAUAGUAUUUACACCACAUUUAGUGUGACAUCCUCGGUAGUAUAGUGGUGAGUAUCCCCCCCUGUCACGCGGGAUACCGGGGUUCGAUUCCCCGCCGGGGAGACGCGUAACGCUUUUGUGCUUAACCAUAUUUUCCAAAUAUCAACUUUUCCCUGCAGGCUGAAAGUUUUGAAAUUAGUUUUCUUUAAUUCCGAAAUCAACUCGUUCUUUCAUGAACAUAAGGAAGCGAUAACAAACAGUGAGCUACAUUAGAGGAACUACAAAAGCUUACGCAGUGCUGUCAACACGAAAAUCUCUUUUGCGCCAUAUUAACGUCACCGACUUGAUAUCUAUGAUAAGAUUUCAUUAAAUCUGGCUUCUAAUGGGCUUUUCGAAUUGAGUUACGGUUAAAUCUGAUAACGAUACUGAACGGGCCAUAUUGAAAUAGCUUCGAAAAUUUAAAAGGAAUAUGUGCGUUUGGCUUCCGAAGUAAAGAGGUUACACGUCAGCCUGAUACGCGGAAGGUCGCGGGUUCGGGCCAUGCCAUGGAGUAAAUUGGAUCCAGGUUCUGCAAUCGAUUGGAUCCUUUUUGAACUGGUAGAGAGAGAGUUUAAAGCUGUUUAUGUAAUAAAAAAAUUGUUCUUCGUCCUAUUAAGUUUCCCUCAGAGAAAGAUGUUUUGUUUUUUGUCUUGUCUCAAGCUUAGGAAAACGGAAAAGUUCUGAGUCCUCACGAGAAGCUAAAUCUUAGAUCUUCGGAUUCCGCCCUCCGAUUCUCUAGCCCUGAGCCACAAGGACACAAUGCUGCACUGGGUCAUCGCUUGAUCCACAUGUGACAUGUGUCCUGCAUACUGUGACGAUAAGUUUUCUCGCCCAAAACUGGAGGACUGAAUCUUCGCGGACGGAACAAUAGCAACUGGGGGAAAUAACUCUGUAGAGACGACUUGGCAGCGAGAACGGAAACUCGUCACGAUUUCCUGGUACACGGAGAUCUACUUCGAGCGAGCUUAUACGGACGUCAAGGAUAAGACAAUCUUUGGUUCCACAGUACUUUUAUUCUAGGUCAGGCCAACAAGCGACAUGACCUCUAGCAUACUCUAGUUUGUAAUCAUCAAAGCUGUACAAGGUACUUGCUUAAGAAGUAACUGGUGCGAAGUGCUAUUGUUACACAAAUCGCAAUAUUUGAAUAAGGACACAAAGGAGCGGAAAAAGUCUCUUUGAAGUUAAACGAAAACUACUUAAUUAUUCCAUCUGUUUCUACGACGGAAAGAAUCUCAAAAUUAAAAAGACGGAUGCAAUAAACUCUAGGCCAUUAAAGUAGGAAACCUAGGUGCAGUUUUACAGCUCUGAUAUAGAAAACAAUACCUAUCUUAAUUGCAGUAGCGCAGCUCAGGAAAUAAAAAACGGAAAAGCAAUUAAAAGUUUCUGCUUAUUUAUACAAGAUUGGUUUGGAAACCAUUGCAUGGAAAGAAAUUAAAUUUACGAGUACAAACUCAGCUGCUAUCUACCAUGAAAACCAAUGUUUCCAGAAAGACCAUUAACACUUAUAUUUACCUUAAAAAAACCAUGAAAUAAAAAACAAAAGUGCCGACAAGCAGGUACAUAUGAUGAAAGCGAGUAACAACAAAAAUCUAUUCAAAAGCUACUGUGGUCUUUAUGCAUUUUUUGAUUUAUUGAAAUGAAAGGACUUGAAAUGGUUAAAUGUGAAAGUUUACGAAUAUAUAUGUUCCGAAUAACACACACGAGAAAAUCAGUAAAUUUUCCCGUAACAAUACUGCUAAGAUUAACAAUGUCCAAAGGGUCCUGCGUGUAAAUAGAAUAAGAAAGAUAGUAAAUACUAAGUUUGGUGGUGAGAUGGAGAAAUAUGUUUUUUUUUGAGCUUUUGGACAAAGGAAAAGUUCUGAGUACCCUUGAGGAAUUGAGUUUCCCUUGUUUAAGCUCGGCUACUUGCCACUAGUUUUCUGUUGACUUGUGUUUGAGAAGAUUCAGGCAGUUGUUGUUUUUUUUUAACUCCAUGUUGAACGUUUGUGAUUUUCUGUUUUUUUUCUGACGCAGUGAGCUUUAUUUCGGUCUUCAUUAUUUUCGAACAACUCUUGUUACCACUGUUUUUUGACACAGGAAACGGGACAAUUUAUGAAAGUAUAUUAGAUAAAAUUAUGACAAAAAAGAAAAGCGAAAGGCACCGGUGGGAUUUGAACUCACGACCUCCUGUUUACUAGACAGGCGCUCUAACCACCUGAGCUACGGCGCCUCUUUUGGAGUUGGUAUUGUAGAAGGGUUAAUUUUUGAGAUGGAGCCGGCGAAACAGCUAAGAACCGAAGAAUGCGAGGCUGACAUAAGGCAAUGAUAUAAAAAUGCCUUAAUUCUGUUAGGACAUACUUGCUAAAAGCUGCCUUCAAAACGUGAGUGGCAACUGGUGCAUGUUGUUGUUGGAUGAUAGAGAGCUUCAUACAGUUCUUAAACCCAAAACACAGUCCAAGGAUCAUUACUUCAGUUAUGGCAAAGGCAGCGAAAAAAUUGAGAAAUGUAGUUUACAACCGUCUGUAAACUUCAAGGUAUCAUACACCUAAACAAAUUACGAAACAAAAUACGAAACUGUGGAAAAUGUUCUGACCCCCUAUUGAUACUAACAACCUAUCCCAGAGUGAACUACACGAAAGCCGCGGUGGAACUGGGACUAGAUGAAACUUUUAUGAUGAACGAAUUCCCUCCUUUGCUAUCGAUUAAUACCGAAAAGUGAUAAUUAUAAAACUGAUACAUUCGUCAUUUUUCUAAAGACUCUAAACAUCUAAGAUCUAGCAAGCACAAUCUACUCCUUAAUGGUAACACAUGUUUAGUCGUCUCCGUGGCGCAAUCGGUUAGCGCGUUCGGCUGUUAACCGAAAGGUUGGUGGUUCAAGCCCACCCGGGGACGGUAUUUUACGCCUCAGCCAACCCUUUUGUUUUCUUGUUGCAUGUUUUAUAUGGCACAUUUCUCGGUAAUAAAUAUUUACCGUUCUGUUAGCUGUUACAGAGUUACUAGCUGUGGCACUCAGAUGCUAACGUGUUGGAAAUCAAGUGCAGUCACGCCUUUACCAUUAAGCCGAAAAAGACGAAAGUAGAUUGGAAUACUCCAGUUUUCAUUAUUCGAAGGCUGGGCUUCAUUUCCUAUCCGUCUUCAUUAUUUUUCCUUUAGUGCGGGAUGUACACACCUUAACUGUCAUUUGUUUGAAGAAGCUUGUUUCAUUGGUGAGAUUGAUGGUGGAGCAGUGGUGACUUAUUUGCGGGUUUCUGCCUGACAUUGAGUUUCGCUCGCACAGCUCCUCCUUCAAAUGCAACCACCUUACCAGGAGCUAGGUAAACUUUGAGAAGCCGUUCGCUGUGAUAAUACUUCCUUUAAUGUACACUCCUUGUAAACCGGCUGAGGUUGUCAUUUAGACUUAAACAAUGUUCCGAAGUGCGACCAUGAUCAAAACACCAGUAACUCUAGUCUUUUCAUGACGCAGGUAUUAAUCCACCUGCUUAUAUAACAGCAAUGAAUAAAAUACCCUUCCUAAACCGCCUUUGACAUCUCCGGCCUGUUGGUCUAGUGGCAUGAUUCUCGCUUUGGGUGCGAGAGGUCCCAGGUUCGACUCCCGGACAGGCCCGAUAGUCCCUCCUUUUGGAGAAUCUUCCCGAAAUUAACAGAUCGGUAAGUCAAACUUCCCUCGGACGACGGCAAUACCAUAAAAGAUAGAUCUCAUUUUGUUUUCCUUUUCUGGUUCCUCACAAGCCCUUAACGUACCACUGAAUUUUGUUUUUUCAAGGAGAGCUCCCAUUACUUCUGUUUUUUUUUUCUGUUAAGAGUACCGAACCUGGAACAUUACCUUGAUUCAUUUCGUAGAAAAGGUUGUGGUUAUUCAUCGUGUUUUUCGUUUGUCUUUCGACGUAGUCACGUGUGAUGUAGAUCGCGACGUUUCGACUACAUACUGCUAGUCUAAAACCAAACAAGAGUGCCGAACCCGCCAACGAGUUACUACUACUGCGGUUUUGCCUUAUGUCAAAGGUCUGUCCUAACAGCUUCGCCGUUGCCUACAACAACAAGGCGUACGUUUUCAAGUCAGAGACUACGCUAAGAUCUCAGUUAGUACGACCAAAAGAUGCUGUCGACCCGGCUAAACAAGAUGGCGUAGUUUACAGGAUUCCCUGUAAAUGCGGCAAGGUGUACAUCGCAGAGACUGAAAGACCUAUGCAAGACAGAAUUAAGGAGCACGAUCGAGAUAUUCGAUUCGCCCGUGCAACACCGAACACAAGCCGCUCUGGAACAAAGUAAAGUUUAUUGAUCGUGACCCUUAUUACUACACGCGCAGGGUAAAAUGGGCAAUUCAUAUAAGACUUCACCCUAACAACAUCAGCAGGGAUAGUGGAAUAGAAAUUCCAGAAGCGUGGAUGCCCACGACAAAA